AUGACAACUAGAGGCGCCCCGAAGCCAGAGGGCUUGUUCGGCUUGACUGUCAGCGAGGCCAGGCUCAUUAUCCUCGGCCAGAUGUACUGUGAUUCAACCGGCAAAGCCGAUUACGAAAAGAUAGCCGUCAAAGGCGGUUACAAAAACGCAGCGUCUGCUAUGACUGUCUACCGCAAUGCGAAACGCCGACUGGCCGAACUCUCAGCUGGUUGCCCCGAAGAUUCUGCUGAUGCUGCCAACAACGCUACCGCAGCGACCCCACUUAAGACUCCUACGAAGCGUAAGAGAGGUAAGGCAGCGGAUGUCACGCCUGAUGAUAUGCUUGCCACCCCCAGUGGUACUGUCGAGGCCGAAGCAGCCGUGACCCCAAAGCCCAAGCGUGUCCGGAAGACCCCGGCCAAAAAGGCAGCCGCUCCCAAAGUCGUUAUUCCGAAGGUCGAGGAAGGUGAUAGCGACGGGGAAGCUAGUAUGCAACUCGAAUCCUCUCCUCUUGCGCAGGCCAGCGCUGAACACGACGAGGGCGGCGAUUUGUACAAACGGAUCAAGGAAGAGCAGUCUACUCUGGCUGACAUCGAGGAGGAAACUUUGGCUGGUAUUCUGAAAGAGCAUAUCACUGCGUCUGACGAGGAGAGAGCCAUGGCCGAGAUUGAUGUGGCAGCCGAGAUGGAGGCGAUGGAAUCAGUCACGAUCCCAGUAAAGACCGAGGAAUGA